AUGUCGUCUCAUAGCAAUUCCCCUCCACCACCUCGAGUACCUCCACACAUUAGGUUGAACUCCGGGCAGGAAGAUAUUGCCAACAGUGAUCAGAGUGGCUCGUCAAGGACACUGGUACCUACGUCCUCGAGACCUGGCACAGGCUCACGCUUGAACAAUGUCUACAGUUCAGAACAAAUGCAGGAUUCGGCGGAAAGGCUGUUACCACCCUCAAGGACAAACCGAUUUCGAGAUGACGGCUCACCUUUGAGAUCUCCCGCACGCUCCAGUUACUCCUCACGACGCUCUAGUUGGGAAUCGGACAGAAGCAGAGACAGCCGAGGAUUCGAAAACCCUUUUCGGGAUUCCAGUCAGUCCCGGCCAGGCUCAAGAGCUGGAAGCGACGAAGAUGUCAACACUCAGACCGUCUCCGAAAAGUACAACAUCCUCCCCUCCGCCGGUCUACUAUUAUUCCCCGAAGACGUUGAGAAAGAUGAUUAUCUACAUAACCCUGAUCCCGAUGGUGAACAACGCGAUUGUGAUAUUUUUACCAAACGUGGUUUUGUCAACAUUGGCGGUUUAGGCAUCCUCGUACUGGGCAUUAUAACAUUGUUCGUUGGAUAUCCAGUAAUAUCCUUCGUGCAAAAGGCUACUGCCACCACCGAUCCUUGUAAAGUCAACAACGACUGUAUCAACACUGGGAAAGUUCCUCUAUUAAAGAACAUGCGCUCUACACUGAUUGAUCCUGACACGCCUGCUUCUGCCAAAACCAAGAAGGAUUUCCAUGGGAAGACGUGGAAUCUGGUUUUUUCAGACGAAUUUAGCAAACCAGGCCGCACCUUUUAUGAAGGCGAUGAUCCAUAUUGGACUGCGGUCGAUAUUUGGUACGGUGUGACUAGAGAUCUUGAAUGGUACGAUCCAGAUGCUGCAACAACAAAUGAUGGUGUUUUGGAGCUACGCUUCGACGCCUUCCAGAAUCAUGGCUUGAAUUAUCGAUCGGGUAUGCUACAAUCUUGGAAUCAGAUGUGUUUCAAAGGAGGGAGACUUGAAGCAUCCAUCUCCCUUCCUGGACGGGGCGAUACUGUCGGGUUUUGGCCCGGUUUCUGGUCCAUGGGUAAUCUUGGAAGAGCAGGUUACGCCGCGACGACGGACGGUCUAUGGCCAUACUCCUAUGAUCACGUUUGCGACGCUGGAAUCACGGCCAACCAAAGUUCUCCCGAUGGUAUCAACUACCUGCCAGGAAUGAGACUCCCAGCCUGCACUUGCUCUGGAGAAGAUCAUCCAUCACCGGGAAAAUCAAGAUCAGCUCCAGAGAUAGAUGCUCUGGAAGCAAGUAACGCUCCUUUCGAUGAGACUGGUUUUGUCAUCGGGCAUGUUUCCCAGAGUUUUCAAGUUGCUCCAUUCGACAUCUGGUACCAGCCAAACUAUGAUUUCGUUGAAGUGUUCGAUUUCUCUACCACGAUGAUGAAUACUUACAAAGGCGGCCCGUUCCAGCAGGCUGUAUCUGGCCUUUCGAAUUUGAACAAUGACUGGUACGACGGUAACGCAUAUCAAGUCUAUGCUUUCGAAUAUACACCGGGAGCUGAUGGUGAUAUCACUUGGUUUGUCGGAGACCAAACACCUGUCUGGAGAAUGACAGGUCAAGCGCUGGGCCCCAAUGGGAAUGUCGCCCAACGUACUGUGGCUGAAGAACCAAUGUCAAUCAUUGUCAAUUUCGGCAUGUCCCCUGGGUUCUCACCUCUCAACAUGACUGGACUUGCACCGCUCAUGCCUGCGACCAUGCGAAUUGAUUACAUCCGUGUAUAUCAAGACGACGACAUGGAGCUGACGUGUGAUCCUGAAGGAUUUGAAACAACGGAGUAUAUCAGAGCUCACUCUGAUAUUUACCACAAUCCCAAUAUCACGAAUUGGCCGGACACUGGAUACCCGUGGCCGAAAAAUUCACUUGUGGAUGGUUGUUAA